GUCAAUGUCAAUAAUUCAGACAUUGAGGAAUUCAAACGCUGCAGAAAUGAUUGAGGAAAGCACUGCUCUUCUCAUCAUUCAUCAUAUUUAAGGAUCCAUUUCAAAACCAUUUUCGGAAUCAGAUCCGCUCGUCAUCCUAUAUAAGAGGAUGAGAAUAACGCUGACGUUGUGGAUCAAUGAAUCGGUUCAAACGAGCUUUCCAUUAGUUGAAACGAACGGCUCUAAGGAAUCGGUUCGGUUAACUGAAUCGAACUUUCCGGGGCUAAAAAGUGAAGGGAGGGGAGCGGGCUCUGCUGCUACGUCACGGCCAGCCGCGCGCUUGUAAACAAAAUCCUCCCACGUGACGGGCGAGCAGCGCGAGUCCGCAUUGUCCGUUAGAGCAGAGCAGCACAAAAGAGGCCCGAGCAGAAAAAUAAAUAAAUAAAGCAAGAAUACAGAUUUAGAAACAACCGACAGCUACAAACAACCGGCGAGCAGGAAAGCCGUUAGCUGUCGGUAUCACCAGGGCGAAGACGGCGCGAGGGAAGGAAGGAUGAACGAGAAAGGAGAGUUUUGUAGUUCGGGAGGCGGCGAGGAGUCAGAGAGAGGUGUUUAUCUCAUCCGUCGGCUCCGUUCAGUUUAACCGAGCAGACCUUCGACCCAAAACACGGUCCGUUUUUAGCCUCCGAGGCUCGAGCGGAGGCGGAGGAGACGAGCCGAGCCGAGCCGAGUCGCGUUGUUUUGUUUCGGUUAGUUGGUUAGUUUUGUCGGCCGGGACAGAAGGAGCUGCUACAAAAUAUCGGUUAGCAUUAGCUUUGAAGAGGAGAGGCAGCCGCACACGGAGAGCCGCGCGCAUCCGUGACAUGUCAUUCGCGAUGGAGGAUUCUCUGGAGUCCGGUUGGGUUUCGGUUCGGCCGAACGUGUUCGACGAGAAAGAGAAGCACAAGUUCGUCUUCAUCGUGGCCUGGAACGACGUGGAGGGCAAGUUCGCCAUAACGUGCCACGACCGGACGGUGCAGAAGCGCACCGCCCUGCGGGACUCGCUCGCUGAUGCUGCCGAGGAAGGCGAGUCGGCUCCGGCGGCCGCGGACGAUGCAAGCCGGCGAAGCCCGCUCAAGGAGAGGAGGCCUGUGAAAAGCCCGGUGAAGGAGAAGGCUGAGGCGGCGAAAGCGGACAAGAGCAGGCCCGCGCGGAGUCCCAGUAAAGCAGCUGGGGUCGGGACUGGGACUGGAGACGCCGUCUCCGGGGACGUGGAGGUGGUGGAGCCGGUCAGCGGCGGUGGUUCUCCUCCGGUGGCGGCGGCGGACGACGCGGAGGACUCGGACGCGGGCCUGCGGGAGGACUUCAGCUGGGCCGGCCUGUUCUCCUUCCAGGACGUGCGGGCCGCUCACCUGCAGCUGUGCGCCGUCAACUCGGACCUGGAGCCCUGCCUGCCCGCCUUCCCCGAGGAGCCCUCGGCCGUGUGGUCCGUGCUCUUCGGCCACCCGCAGCUCACACAGAGGGAGAUGGAGGCUCUUUGCUACCAGCUGCAGGUCUACCUGGGCCACGCGCUGGACACGUGCGGCUGGAAGAUCCUCUCGCAGGUGUUGUUCGCCGACGGCGACGACUCGGAGGAGUACUAUGAGAGUCUGAGCGAGCUGAGGCAGAAAGGCUAUGAGGACGCGCUGCAGAGAGCCAAGAAGAGAUUGCAGGAGCUGCUGGAGAAGCAGCGUGGGAUGGAGAGCAUGGUGGAGUUGCUGCAGCUGUAUUCAGAGCAGGACGAGGCAUAUGGGGACCUGGUGGAGGCCACCACCGAGCUGUACCACUACCUACUGCAGCCUUUCAGAGACAUGAGGGAGCUCGCCAUGCUGCGCAGACAACAAAUAAAGAUUUCGCUGGAGACGGAGUACCUGGGCCCGCGACGAGUCGAGGCGCUGAGGAGGGAGGAUGAGGACUGGCAGAGGAAGGCCCACACGGCUGUGCUCUCUAUCCAGGACCUUACCGUGAAGUACUUCGAGACCACAGCACGAGCACAGAAAGUGAUGUAUGAGCGCAUGCGUGCAGAUCAGAGGAAGUUUGGUAAAGCUGCGUGGGGAGCCGCAGUGGAACGCAUGGAGAAAUUGCAGUAUGCUGUUUCCAAGGAAACACUGCAACUAAUGCGCGCCAAGGAGAUCUGUCUGGAACAGAGGAAACAUGGACUGAGAGAGGAGAUGCAGGGACUGCAGGGUGGAGAGGAUGCAAUGGCACGUUUGGACCAGUUGGAGGCGCUGUACUACGAGCUGCAGCUGCAGCUAUAUGAGAUCCAGUUUGAGAUCCUGAAGUAUGAGGAGCUGUUGCUGACUGCGCAGCUGCAGAGCCUGCGCAGGCAGAUGACCGAGAGGCAGGACGAGGUGGUUUACUAUGACACAUACGAGAGUCCUGAUGCCAUGCAGGCCACUGAUGACCCCUCAUUCAUCCUCCCACCUCUUAGAGACGAGGUCACCCAGCUGCAGCAGAGAACACGGCAGCUGGAGGCUAGGAGGGGCCGCAUCACCGCCAAAAAAGCCUACCUCAAAAACAAAAAGGAGAUCUGCAUUGUCAAUCACACCCAGAAACUGCAGCAACGGCAGAGCGGCCAGGGCUUCGACUCCCCACAAGCUUUGCGGCAGGAUGAAGAGGAAGAGGAGGAAGUGAGGAUUUCCCGCGUCAGCCAAGAGAGACAGAAAACACUUGACAGACUGCGCAGCUUUAAACAGCGCUACCCAGGCCAAGUCACCCUGAAGUCCACGCGACUCCGGCUAGCAUUCGCUAGGAAGAAAAAUGGUUCCGCCCAACCACCCACCACUGUGAAAGUGGACCAGCCCCAGACACAGGUGGCCAGCGUGCAGACAGAAGACGCCCCAGCUCCUCUAGAACAUUCCAUAGCCGUCCCCGAGCUCCGGAGGCCUGAAGGCUUCUUGUCUUUGCCGCCAGUGGUCGCCUCCGUUCCGGAGACCUUGGGACCGUCCUCCCUACCCCCAGCUCGAGAGCUGACAUUGCUGGACUCUUCCACUUCUCCCAUCUCUCCCCCGCCUCCUCCUCCACCCCCACCUCCCCCACCACCACCUCCAUCACUGGAGGACAUACCCACAGAGGGCCAGGGGCAGGCAGGUAGCCCAGUGCGCCAACCCAAAGCAGAGAGCCCUCUUGGCCCUUUCUCCGCCCGCUUCUUUGACAGCAGCCAGUUGGUGAACGCCCGGAAAAAACUGAGGAAGACUGCAUCGCUGGAGUCGUCCCAGUGGAGGAGAGCGAGCUCUCCCAUGGACGAGGUUCUGGCCAGCCUGAAGCGAGGAAGCUUCCACCUGCGUAAGGCUGAGCUGCGUGUCCUCGCACCUGAUCCAGACGAGGAUGACGGGAACAACAUCCUGGCUCAGAUCAGGAAGGGUGUGAAGCUGAGGAAAGUGCGGCGACAGGAGCACCGAGGAGCGAAGGGAAUGCUGUCGGACUCCAGCGACCCACUGACUCGGAGCAUCCACGAAGCCCUGCGUCGCAUCAAAGAAGCGUCCCCCGAAUCCGAGUCUGAGGACGAGGGGCUGCCCUGCACAGACUGGGAGAGCUAGGUCACUCUUUCAUGAACAUCUGCACACAGAAUAUGUAUUCAUGUAUACCCUCACCAAGCACACAUGUACGAUAACCAGUUCACAAACAGACCUUAAAACCCUGCGUAGUUUUAAUCUCGACUUAGCCUGCGUUUACAUUACAGCGAAGCAAGACCAUUUUUGUUUCCCGUCACGAUGAUGAAAUUUUAGCUCACAUUUUAGCUCACAUAUUAUUGCCAUAUAAAUAAUUGCAAUUAACUAAUUAAUUAACGCUGCCCUCUAAAGUGUUAACAGCAAAAAAAAAUAAACAUUACACGCUGCCGCCCUCUAAAGGUGUUAUUAAUAAACAUUGAGUAAACUAACGUUACUCACCAUCGCCCUCUAGAGGUGUUAUUAACAAGCAUCAAGUAAACAAACAUUAUUCAUCAUCGCCAUCUAGAGGUGUUAUUAACAAACAUCAAGGUAAAAAAAACAUUAUUCACCGUCGCCCUCUAGAGGUGUUAUUAACAAGCAUCAAGGUAAACAAACAUUAUUCACUGUCGCCCUUUAGAGGUGUUAUUAACAAGCAUCAAGGUAAACAAACAUUAUUCACUGUCGCCCUCUAGAGGUGUUAUUAACAAGCAUCAAGGUAAACAAACAUUAUUCACUGUCGCCCUCUAGAGGUGUUAUUAACAAGCAUCAAGGUAAACAAACAUUAUUCACUGUCGCCCUCUAGAGGUGUUAUUAACAAGCAUCAAGGUAAACAAACAUUAUUCACUGUCGCCCUCUAGAGGUGUUAUUAACAAGCAUCAAGGUAAACAAACAUUAUUCACUGUUGCCCUCUAGAGGUGUUAUUAACAAGCAUCAAGGUAAACAAACACUACUCACAGUCGCCCUCUAGAGGUGUUAACAAACAUCAAGGAAACAAACACUCACUGUCACCCUCUAAAGCUGUUUUUAACAAACAUCAAAUAUGCAAACAUUGCUCACCGUCGCCCUCUAAAGGUGUGGAAGUACCAAAGUUUUGCACGGAGGAUCGUGGAAGCGUGGUGAAAAGCUUGCAGAGGGAGCGAUAAAAAUUUCAGCCUUUCUCAACUUUAUUCAAAUGAUAAGUCAUCUUCGGUGGGCAGCAGCCAAUCAGAUUGUUCAGAUGUGCCACGGUGUGUUAUGCCACAUCCACAUUCAAACUAAAUGCUGAAGUCACAUUUUUGAAAUGGAUAUUUGGCCUUUUCUCAUCUGCAUUUUUUUGGAGCACAGAGUUAGCGUAGAGCUCUGCUUGGACGGAUCAGCUGGCCUGCAUUUUAGCGACAGUGAGGCCAAUAGUGGGCAAGCUAAGCACUUUACUUUGCUGUAAUGUAAAUGCAAUGUUAUUCAAAGGACCUAGUAAUCAUUUCCCACGAAUCCACUCACUGUUUCAGCUUGAAGGGCAUUUGUUUUGUGAAGGAAAUAAUUAUUCAAUACAUUGUUUUGAAGCUGUUUACGUAGAA